CUCGAAAAAAAAUAACAAGUAUUAACAGCAAUUUAUUAUUUAAUACCCAUAGUUUGUAAAUAUACAAAGAUUACAUUGAUUUAUAAAGUACUCAUGUGAGGUACGUCACGUCAUCAAUUGCUUCGUUGACAGGAUCACAUGACUCCACAUCAAAUGCCGACGAAGACUCAGAAGGUUCACUGGAUGAAAUAGCGCCAUGGGAAGUUGACUCUGGUACCCAAAUCAUUGUGAUCACACGUGGGAAGAAGAUUGCUGGUUACGGACGUUCUUUCUUAUCAUUACACGGAUCGAUCUCACAAACCUUUAACUCGACCCCAGGAAGCCACUACCGGGUCCUCUUCUUUACUAGUCACGUUGUCCUGUCUAAUGAGCCUCUGUUAAACCAAGAAGGUCGCAUUGAAGCACCAGGAUUAAACCGUGUCUUCAGGUUGUACAGUCACCCAGCUGGUAGUCACUCUAACCAGAGUCUGUCGUCCAUACAGUGGCAUGAACAGAGGUUUUAUUUCACAGCUAGUGAAACUCUCUCAACUUUGAUAAUAUCAUCAGUUGGGCGAUCGAAUGGAAUUCUACUUGACAAUAUUCAGGUGACACUAAUAGCAAGUGAACCAAGUAAUGGUCAUGGAUCAGUAGACGUCCAUACACAGUUUAUCCACAAUUGGUCAUCACUUCAGGCCACGUGGCACUGUUGAUCCAGAGAGUCCAAUCAUUGACUACAACUGGGCCAUCGGAACGUGUUCAGGUGGUACUCAAUUGCAGAACUUCAAGUCCGAUGGAACCCAAACAGACGCUAUCAAUACUGAACUCAAAAUGUCUCAUGGUUCCCAUAUAUACGUCACGGUGACGUCAAAGAAUGCUGCUGAACUCACCUCGGUAGUGACCUCUGAACCUAUCCUAGUUGACAUGACAGCUCCCAUUAUUCAUUCGGUACUUGAUGGUCCAAGUGAAUAUGAUAUUGACUUUGGUUCAGAUGAUAAAUCUAUAUCCUUAAGAUGGUCUGCGUCUGACCCGGAAAGUGGAAUCGAUUAUUGCGAAUGGGCCAUUGGUUUAGAACCAGGGCUUGAUGACGUCUUACCCAGCACAGUUUCAUCCGAUUCAGAGUCAAAGGUCAUUGCAGAUCUCUCUGGUGUCAUGGUCGAAGGUCAGAAACUAUUUUCGACGGUUAAAUGCUUCAACAAUGUGGGGAGGUCAUCAUGGAAAGCAUCUGACGGCGUUACUAUAGUAACAGAGCCGCCAAGUUCACUGGUAGCCGUCGUCAAAGUGAAAGCCGUGUCUGAUACGGCGUAUGCAACGCUCGACGGGUACCAGUCCCAGAAUAGUUCCAUCAAAGCAUCAUGGGAAGGAUUUAUGGACCCAUUUGGUAUCCACUUUUACCAGUGCCGUCUCACUGGAGGAAGCUUAUCUACGUCUCCAUGGAAACGAUGUGGAUCAGCAUCAGAAGAGCAUCUUAAUUGGUUAAAUGUUACCCUUGAUGAUGACGCAACAUAUAGCCUGUCUGUCAGAGCAGUCAAUCAAGCUGAUCUGAUCAGCCGGGCUAUCACUCAAAAUUUCACGGUUGAGACCUCAAAACCCAGAAGCCAAGAUUUGACUUAUCUUACUUCUGCAUGGCAUGGAAACGGCACAGUUGAUUUGAGCUGGGACGGAUUAUUCGUCUCCUCCAGUCCACUGUACUUUGAGGUCUCCAUCGGCACCAUCCUGGGCGGAAGUGACGUCAUGCAAUGGGUAGAGACCAUGAAUACUGGUAUGCGUGUAUCGCCGCUGGUUUCUCAUACAGACUAUUACCUAACAGUCACGGCUAUCAAUGCAGCAGGAUUGCCACAGACAGUGAACAAUAUUAUUUACUAUGUAUAAUGAAUGCAAUAUGGGCCUUACAUUUUGUCAAAUUUUUACUAUUUUUUAAAUGUUCGUGAUAGUUGUGAUAAUGUUUCAAGGUUUGAUUAUUAAAAAUACACUCUCAGAAAUCGCUCUUUUUAAUAUUCAUACACGUUCAAUUUUUCUUUGACACGGACAUUUGAAUAAAUAAGCCCUUUUUGCAAAACCCUCUACAAAACAAAACAAAAUAUAUUGAUGUACAAAGCAACAGAUAGCUAAAAAUCUGGCAAGAUAAAGGAAACAAACGUGAUGGACACAUGUUUUUAAAUAGCCUGUCUAGACAAUAAACAAUGUCUUCCAUGAAGAAAGAGCCCAGCCUCAUGACAACGCUUAAUACCGCAAAAUUGUGUUCUUACAGCUCGUUGAACAAGUUUCUGUUUGGGAAAUGGUAUGUCAAUUUGAUUAGUCGAUGGUUUUCCCUUUAAAUUACGUCAAUGUCAAAUUGGAGUGUAACCGGUCGCCUACUCAGAGCCCAGUGGCGUGACCAUACAAUAUCCUUAGGGGCCGAGAAAAUAAUUUGCUGAACCAGAGGUCGGAUCCGCAAAUAGAAAUCAAAAUAGUCAUGAGAACAAACUUAAAGCAACAGUCGUUGAACAAAAAAGGUAUCAGCGAGGGGACGAUAGAAACAAAUUAACCGUAUUUUUCCCCAGGGAAGAUGAGGCAGAUUAGCAUUAGGUUGGCGUGUUUUACCUACUUUCUGAUGUGGUGUGAACACAAAAGGAAGACAUAAUGUAGGCUACGUGGCCUCAUCUUUCCUUGGGGGGG